AUGGCAACCCUUCAAGGUAAAACGGUUGUGGUGGUGGGCGGUACAUCUGGAAUUGGCUUCGCGGUUGCCCUCGCGUCCUUGCAGUCCCAGGCGAAGACAGUCAUCAUCGCCUCCAGUUCUCAGGAGAAGGUGGACAGGGGUAUUCAGAGACUCAAGGCUCAUAACCUACCGGGGGAGGUCAAAGGUGAAGUUGUCAAUGCUAGGGACUCUGAGUCCGUAAAGCAGUUCACCAUCGGUUUGGGUGCUGUGGACCACAUCGUAUGGUCCAGUGGAGACAACCCUGGGAAGUCGUUGUUUGAUUCGACGAUAGACACCGUUGAGAAAGGUCAAGCUACAUUUGAAAUUAGAUUCUGGGGACCCUUCGUACUUGCGAAGCAUGCUAAGUUCAACCCAGGAGGAUCUUUGACGCUCACGUCGGGAAUGGCGGCUUGGAAACCGUGGAAAGGCGCACACCUUGGAUCAGGCAUGCUUUCAUCGUUAGAUGGACUUACUAGGGGGUUGGCCGUCGAUUUGGCUCCCGUUCGGGUCAAUCUCGUCAAUCCAGGUCUGAUUGACACCGAGCUCUUCGAUGCCAUGUUCGGGGAAAAGAAACAGGAAGUAUUUGCAACCUUUGAUAAGAAAACGCUUCUCGGGCGGAUUGGGAAACCUGAAGAGAUUGCAGAGGCAUACCUCUUCUUGAUGAAAUGCGGGUUUAUCACAGGGCAAAUUAUCUACGUGGAGGGUGGAGGCAUCCUUGUUUAG